UUGGUCGCAUACACUAAGACGUGGUCAAUGAGGUAGUAGUCAACAGUAGUGAAAUUGCCAGCAUGGGAAUAGGUAUGCAGGGGCCCAGUGGCCAAGGAGCUCACAGAGAUUGGAUACAGACUUGCCCGAUUAAUGAGCUCUUGCAGAAGGAUUCCUUGAGCGUUCUUAUCCCCACACACCCGCGGCCCACUGUCCUUUCCCAGAUGAGCAUUGAAAUCUCCUGUGAUGACGACAGGACCAUUCCUCUGAAAAGAGGAGAUCAUACCCUCCAGGUCCGACAGAUACUCUCUGAAUAACUCCAGCGGGUGGUCUGAGGAUGGAAGGUACACUCCAAUGAUGGUUGGCUAUCUCAGCAACCAGUUUGUCCACGGUAGUUUGAGGGGAGGAGGACUUGACAGAUUUGACGUUAGAA